GCGGGGCCGGGAGGGUUGUUGCCGGAAACGAACCCAUAUCUGUGACCCCCGGAUGUGGAACGCCUAUGGAAGUGCGGCCUUAGCGCCUUCCUUGGUCGCUUUUGUCCGGAGGUUCCAGACGAUACAGGGAGAUGGCGAGUGCAGCUGCACCUACAGCCGCGGUCCCCACGGUAGUUCCGCCUUUGGAGCAGCUCCGGCGCUUGGCGGUGGAGCUGCGGUUGCUCUUGCCUGGAUUGCGGGUCGGCGAAGCCCAAGAGACCACCAAGGAGUUUAAUCCUGAGACGUUUUGGAGGAAACUCAAUGAGGCAGCUGUGAACGUGGCAAGGGAAGCCACGACUCUGACAGAAGUCUUCUCUCGAGUUCCGCUGCCCUCUCCACAGGAAACCAAGAGGUUCUGCGAACAAGUCCAUGCUGCCAUCAAGGCAAUCACUGCAGUAUACUAUUCACUUCCCAAGGAUCGGGGAAUCACCCUGAGAAAGCUGGUACGGAACGCCACUCUGGACAUCGUAGGUGGAAUGGCUCAACUUGUGGAUGUGCUUUUCAUUACUCCAGGUCAAAGCCCAGAUAGCAGUGACCUUAUUUCCUACAACAGUGUCUGGACUGCAUGCCAGCAGGUGCCUCGGAUACCAAAAGAUAACAAAGCUGCAGCCCUUUCAAUGCUGACGAAGAGUGUGGAUCUUGUGAAGGAUGCACAUGAGGAAAUGGAACAGGCCAUGGAAGAAUGUGACCCAUACUGUGGCCUCUUAAAUGACACUGAGGACAACUCUGACAGCCAUAGUGAUGAAGAGGAUGAUAGGUUGGGGUUUCCAAACAAUCGGGACUUAUACUGGUCAGAGGAGGAUCAAGAGCUCAUAAUCCCAUGUCUUGCACUGGUGAGAGCAUCCAAAGCCUGCCUGAAGAAAAUCCGGAUCUCAGUGGCAGAGAAUGGGAAGAAAGAUCAGGUCGCCCAGCUGGAUGACAUUGUGGAUAUUUCUGAUGAGAUCAGCCCUAGUGUGGAUGAUUUGGCUCUGAGCAUAUAUCCACCCAUGUGCCACUUGACUGUGCGAAUCAAUUCUGCGAAACUUGUAUCUGUCUUAAAGAAGGCACUUGAAAUUACUAAAGCAAGUCAUUUGACCCCACAGCCAGAAGAUAGUUGGAUCCCUUUACUCAUUAAUGCUGUUGAUCAAUGCAUGAACAGAAUCAAGGAACUCACUCAGAGUGAACUUGAAUUCAAAGGAUGUGGCAGACACAGUGAGAGAAGAAAUAAUGAAGGAAGAUACUUGCAACAUCUGAAACCAACAAAGGACUCAUACAGGGAACUCCUACAGAUCAACAAGGAGGAAAGGCAGGAACACCAAAAGGAAUGUGGGCAAAGUUAAAAACAAAUAUUUUACAGAGGAGGAAACCGAAAAGGCUAAUAAACAUAUGAAGAGUUGCAAAUCAGAACAAUAAUGAGAUAUUACCUUACUUCUGUUUGGAGAAAAGGAAGCUGAGUAUGGCCAAGAGUGAAGAAAAGUGGAGAAAUGGUAAAAAUAUAGAAACUCCUGUACUGCUGGAGGGGGUGUGGACUUCUGCAGUCAUUGUGCAGACAAGUCUGACAGUACCCGGUCAAACCAGAUCGUGUGAUGUACAUUCUUUCCUCCCCGACCAGAGUUUCAAGCUAGUUUAUAAGAAGACAUGUGAGGCUGUUUAUUGCAAUAGUAUUUGUGAUGUUUGAGAGCUGGAGGCUCUCUGGGUGCCCAUCACUGUAGAGUGGCAUGGUAGAAAGUACAGAUGUACCAAAUGAAGACUUACGUUGCCAGAGCAGUGGGCUUAACACAUGUGGAUGAAUCUCCAAAACAGCUCAUUAGUUGUCAUUAGUAGAAUACAGCUCUUUGGCCACACCAAGAGGCAGCCUGAGCUCUCUGGGAUAUUUUCUUAUACUCAGGCCUAACUCCUUGCCUGCAAUUACCAGCAAUACCAAACCUCUUCCUGCAUGACCAGGGCAGCAAUUGGGGUCAGGUGGAUGCCCAUUGGGCACUUCCUCACUCCUGUCUUCCAGGAGGAGGGAGGCCCUAAUCUUUCAGUUCUGCUUCUAGAGGGUAUUUUUUUUUAAUAUUUUAUUUAUUUUUUGAUAGAGAUCACAGGUAGGCAGAGAGGCAGGCAGAGAGAGAGAGGAGGAAGCAGGCCCCAUGCUGAGCAGAGAGCCCGAUGCGGGACUCGAUCCCAGGACCCCGGGAUCCUGACCCGAGCUGAAGACAGAGGCUUUAACCCACUGAGCCACUCAGGUGCCCCUAGAAGGUAUUUUUUUUCUAUCUCUAUGAACACAGCAAAAAGACAGUCAUUAAUCUUGGAUCCAUGCCUUUCUAAAAAGUAGAGUUGUUUCAGUGAGAUGAGAAGCUAGCAGCAGUCUCUCUCUCUCUCUUUUAAAAUAUUUUAUUUAUUUGAGAGAGCACAAGUGAGGGUGGGUGGGGCCAGGGGGAGAAGGAGAAGCAGGCUCCCCAUUGAGCAGGGAGCCCAGAUGCAGCACUCGAUCCCAGGAUCCCAGGAUCCUGACCUGAGCUGAAGGCAGAUGUUUAACCAACUGAGCCACCCAGGUGUCCCGAGAAGCUUGUGGUCUCUUACCUAUACCUCCUCUCUCUGUGAAUGAGGCCCCUUCCAAAGAGGGAGAUCACACAGUCCUUCAAGGGAGCAUCUAGGAAGUUAUGGAGCUGAACUGAAGCCUUAAGAAGUUGAUAUUGCUCUGCUGUCUCUGGCAUCUGUGGGAAGAGGCAAAACCUGGAGUGGAUGCCAUGAGCACAGGGCUGCACUUACUGCUUCCCCUCCUAGGCAUCCUCCCUGUACUCUCCUCAGUUACUCUCUUGUCUCUGCCAUCCAUACCCAAACUCCACACCUGACUUCUUUACUUUUCUAUCUGGUCUUCCUGAAUUGAUACUUAUCCUUGCCUUGAUUCAUCUGUGGCCAUCUCUGGUAGUUUCUCUCCUCCACUUAGAAACCUUGGAGGGGUUCCCAUUGUCUUCAGAAUUCAGUGUUGGUAGGCAUUCAGAACCCUUCAUGGUCUGACCCCAACCCCCUUCUCCAGCCUUAUCUGUUCUUCCCUUGACUAAAUGACAUCCCAGCAACCCCCUCAAACUCCCCUUUACUGGGUCCUCUAUACUCAGUCUUUGGCCUGCAGUGGCCUUCCUCAACUUCCGCACUAAAGCUUACCUAUUUUUCAAGUCCUGGCAUAAAUGCAUCCUCCUAGUAAGUCUUCCUCAAACCCACCAGCUGAAAUUAAUCCCCUUACUUAACUUAUGCCACAGUGACUUCAUACCUCUAUUGAAGCACUUACAUAAAAGACCUAACAUUGUGCCUCCUUUACUUAACCAUAAUACACACUCAUUGAAGGCUGGGACCAGAUCGCAUUCAUUUUGGUCAGGGUAGACAUGUGGAAAGAGGACUAGAUCAAGAGCCAUAAGCCUCUGAAACAUCCCAUUUUCAUUAUCAUGGUAUGAUAAUCUCCAGGAUUGUUUCCUCAUCUGAAUAAUGGGAAUGGUUCCACUUCACAGGGUUUUUCUAUUAAAGAAGGUGAAAAUACAUUGGCAUAUGUAUAAAGUGCUAAAUAAAUAUAGGCUAGUAUUAUUCAAGAAUGGAGGCAGCAACUGGGGAGGCCCUGCUUUUUAAAAUCUAUAUGGAACCAAAAAAAAGAAGCUGGAAGAUGUAGACCUUAACCAUCUCUUUCAAGAGAAGGAGCUCUCAACCUGACAUUUUCUAGUAAUCCUAGAGCAUGGUUGUUUGCCCUAAAGCUUGAGGGGCUCUGAUUCCUUCUGAAACAGGAGCAAGUGAGAGUGACUUGGGGAAGGACUGGUGCCUACCUCAAUGGUAAGGUGUGGUCUACAAAUGACGAUGUCUUCCUGAGCAAAGCAGCUAAGGCUGGAUUCAGAGUGCAUUGCCGUGGCCAUGACAGUGAGUCUGAGGAAGCUGUUCUCUGGUGGGCUUUGCUCAAAAUGGGAGAAAGACAGGUUGCUGGUGAUUAUGUUAGCUGAAACAUAAGACAGGCGGAGUCAGUGCAAAUCAUGAGUGUGUGUGCCCUGGCAACAGGCAAUAUUACACAUAGUGCAAAGGAGUCAGUAUAUUAUUGAAGUCAGAAAGAUGCCUCAUUUCUCACAGCAAUUUCAAACUGAACUCCGUCAAGAUCCCACCACCUACCGCCAUCACUGCCUCCUCCAACACUCUUGCCAGACCACCUCAGCGCGACUGGUGAAGGCCCCUGCAGACUAGAACAAGUUAAGCUCUCUGGCCUCAGAUUCCUUUUCUAAUAAAAAUGCCUACCUGGUGGGUGGCUUGUGUUAAAUUGAGAUACUGAGUGCUUAUCUCAGACUCUGCCACACAGUCAUUGCUGAAUAUAUGCUUACUUAGUUCCUUCUUAUUCUCUGCUGCUUCUCUUUCCCUUUUGGAGAGAAAAUGAAGCCAUCCCUCAUUGUCUAGGAAUCUUCUCAAGCUCAUGUUCCCAGUCCCAACCUGUAGACAUAGUCAUCUACCCCUGCUUCCUGCUACCACCUCCAGGAAGAUGAGAUGUCCUCCCUCCCCAAGUCAGACCCUCCACUCUGUAAGUUUCUGCCCCAUUCUGACCCCUCCACUGCCUGCUGUGUUACUUUUGAGCAAAUUAUAUAACCUCUAUGUGUCUUGAUCUCCUCAUCUGUAAAGUGGGGAUAAUAAUGACUGCUGCCGGGGCGCCUGGGUGGCCCAGUGGAUUAGGCUGCUGCCUUUGGCUCAGGUCAUGGUCUCAGUGUCCUGGGAUCGAGCCCUGCAUCAGGCUCUCUGCUCAGCGGGGAGCCUGCUCCCCUUCUCUCUCUGCUUGACUCUCUGCCUACUUGUGAUCUCUCUCUCUGUCGAAUAAAUAAAUAAAAUCUUAAAAAAAAAAAAAAAGAUAAUGGCUGCUGCCUCAGAAGGUUGUUGUAAGGAUAAGUGAGAUGAUGCAUAUGGAACACUUAACACUGUGUUUACCAAAAGUAACUACAGUUAUUCUAGUUGCCUCUCAGUCCCCUAAGGGUUGCACCAUCAGUUAUAACCCAUCUUUCCUGAGGCUUCAGUCUUUCCCUCUCUGUUGAUUAUUUUCCUGAGUGUAUAAGCAGAUUCUGCUCUCUGAUCUUAAGUAAACAAAAAAACGCCCUCGCUCUACCCAGUGUCCCUGGCUGACCACCACUCAGCCUGUCUCCUUUUUCUGUCGGUUCUUCCAGGAAGGACUGCAUACUAUGUCUUGCUUCCUCAGCUCUUCAUCUGUUUAGCCUUCAGGAAGCUGACCUUUGACAUCACUUCUCAGUAAGACCACUCCCUCAGUGUCUGUUUUCAGCCUCGACAUCUCAUGGCCACUCUGCUGUCUCUCUGGUUGCUCCUUCCUCUCUUUGACUUCUCUGUUUCCCUAUUCCAUGUUCUUUCCCUGCCUUCCCCCUACAUGCUGGUGCUGCCUGGGUUCCCCUUUCACCCUCUUCUCUUCUCACAACUUUUCUUCCACCCCCAGGAACUCAUCAAUGCCCUGACUCUUGGCAGCCCUCUCUGGGCAGGGAUUCCCACCUCUGGUUUCCAAUGCAGGCCUUUAUUUUGAAUACCAGGUUUAGGUGUCUAGCCAUCUACUGGCCAUCUGUUUGUAUGUCUCAUGGACUUUCAAACCCAACAUGCCACAAACAGAACUCAUCAUCCUUCUCCCCAUACGUGCUCUCCCCCAUUUUUCCUGUUCUAGAAAGGAAGCGACCCUCUCACCGCCCCCCACACACAUAUUCACAAGUCCAGUCUGUCCUACCUCCUUAAUAUGUCUUCAUUGGAAGUGCUGCUUGUCUAAUUUGUCCUUCAUGCCUUGCCCGUUAUAAAGCCUUCCAACCUCUGAUUCAGUGUUGUCAGCAUUAGAUGCACAUUAGAAUCAUACAGCAUUAUAAAACAGUCCCAAUCCCAGGCUACACAACAAAUCAAUUAUAUUAGACUCUGGCAUUGAGGCCCAGGCAGCAGUAUUUUUAAAGUUCCCCAGGUGAUUCAACAUGUAGCCAAGGCUGAGAGUCAUCAUUCUAAUAGGACUUCUUCCAUUCCACUCAGACAAAAGUUAUUUUUUUUAAAUGGAUUUCUGAUCACAUAGGCCCCUCUAGUUCACAUUUUCCCCAGCUUCCCACUGCCCAAAGAACAAAAUUAAAACUCCUUGGCAUGACAUACAAGUCCCUGCAUGAUCCAGACUCUGCCCCACUCAGAAAGGGAACACGGUGAAGAGAUUGGAGGCAGGAGAGCUGGUUAGGAGGCUGUUGAAAUAAUGUAGACAAGCUCCAGUCCACUGAUCCUCUCUUAUCUGCACAUUGGAAUCACUCAGUGAAAUUAAACAGUUUUUGAUGUUUGGGUCCAACCCUGGGGUUUCCAGUUUAAUUGAUCUGGGAGACAGGCUGAGCAUCAAACUUCCCCAGGUGAUUCUGAUAGGCAGCAAAGUUUGAGAGCAACUGCUGUAGUCCAGGGACUUUCAACCCUAGGAUAACAUGGGGAGCUUUUAAAAAGUACCAAUACCUGGACCCCAUCCCAGACCAAUGAAGGAGGACUUUGGGGGGAGGAAGAACCUGUGCACAUGUUCUUCCAUGUCCCUUGAAUAUUCGUAACUUACUUUUUGGCUCUCACUGUCCUUCCUACUCAUCCUUUCAGACCCAGUGCAGUCUGCUUUACCUGGGAGCAGCCUGCUGUAACCUGGAUGAGAUGCUCCCCUGCUGUUGUACUCUGUUGACCUUAUCAAACACUUCUUUAACUGCUACCAUUGUCUGUUUCCUUAUCUGACUGCAGUCGGAAUUGUGGAGGCUUUGGUCUCUGUGAAGCUCAAUAAAUGUGUUGACUGGCAGAGAAACAGGGGGCACAUUAGGGGCUAGAAGCCACCUCUUCAGACUUUCAGGGGGUGCCCUUAGGCUGCUGCCUGUCAGGAUGGAAGCUGGAGUUUGGGAAUAUCUGGGGGCCAUAGAAUUACCCUUGGGACCGAGCAUAAGGGACUGCUUCCUCUUCCAGAGCUCAGCAGCAAGGAUGCCAUUGUAGUAUAUUGCCUGCAAGGCAGAUGUCAGCUGCACUGCCUUCUCCUGGUCACUGAGGUUAACCAGUUUCACUGAGUACUGGGCUUCCCCUCCCAGGUUUAAGGAACAGGGUACUUCUAAGAAUAUGUGUAGAAGUUCAGCAGUCUUGAGACUGGGAGGAUGGAUGCCACUGUCUUUUUCAUGUCGCAUUCUCUCUUCCUGGACUUUCUCCAGCACCUCUUUUUCUUGAAGAGAUCCUGAAGAAUAGAGGAAAUAAAGCAGGCCUCUUAUCUAGGGGGUAUAGACCGUUCUAGUAAAAGUCCAAGAUUAAGAUUCAUUUACCCACUGCCACUCAAAAGCCAAAAUCACAAGAGCUCUGUAAUUCUCUAAAGCCACAUUUAGCUUAAAAAAAAAAAAAAAAAAGUCUGUCUUAAUGUGAGACAUGAAAGCACAAAACAGUCCUAGAACUCAGGUAGUAACUUCUUUGACAUGGGCCAUAGCAACUUCUUUCUAGAUAUGUCUCCUGAGGCAAGAGAAAAGCAAAAAUAAACUAUUGGGGGCACCUGGGUGGCUCAGUGGGUUAAAGCCUUUGCCUUUGGCUCAGGUCAUGAUCUCGGGGUCCUGGGAUUGAGCCCUGCAUCAGGCUUUCUUCUCAGCAGGGACCCUGUUUCCCUUCCUCUCUCUUUGCCUGCCUCUCUGCCUACUUGUGCUCUCUGUCAAAUAAAUAAAUAAAAUCUUUAAAAAAUU